CUGGACCCUUUUGCACUUUCCCUUCCUCAUUCCCCAUGGCUCGCUCUGGGGAUCAUUGACUGCUGGAAUAUGCCUCAUUCGGUCCUCACGAUCGAUUGGAUGUGUCCACUGUGCUGUACUCCUUUCCCCCCCGCGUCCUGCUCGAGUCCUGCGGGUCUGAACAGUGCUUGCUAAGUACUAUUUUUACCUACUAUACCUUGAGCCCACCAUCAUCGCUGCUGCUUAUCGGUUGGCGCCUCUCCGCCUCUCGUUACCAGCGAGUCGCACCACGAGACCAUUUCUACGCCUCGGUUUUGGGCAUAUACGGCCGAGAAGACAUAAAGCAUGCAGGCAUCCCUGGUCAUUCUUAGACCCCUGUGUCUGUUUUUGGCCCUGUCCGAGACCAAUGCGCUGGCGUUGCGGUCGCAGGACGUCCUUGCGCCGGUGUCGCCAGCCCAGCUUCCGCUGGACGGGAUAACCGCACCACCGUCCGGGCAGCUACCCCUUCCUGCUCCGCGGAAGCCUGACGAGCCGGCCAGCUCGAUCCGCCGCACCUAUGACGAUCUGUUAGACGCUCUCAAUGUGAUGCAGGAUGACUACUUCGAAAUCUGGCAAGGCACUUGGCCCACCAGCAUCGAUUGGACCGCCGCUGUGCUAGGGACUCAUGUCUCCGCCACCCUCUCCUCGCUGACUUCCACUGCGCGCGACGUGCUGCCGUCUUCCCUUGCACCGGGUCGGGAAGGGGAUCGCGACCCGCUGACGACGCUUGAUUCGUAUGCACUAGACUUCGAGAACCUGAUCGAUCAUUUCUUUGACCAAACCUCGGCUUUCUACUUCGGGGAAGAUGCCUUCGCCCUGAGGAAUCAAGCCUUUGAUGAUAUGCUGUGGGUGGUCCUGGGAUGGCUGGAAAACAUAAAGUUCCAGGUGCUGCACUCUGAUCUGCACUACGAUGAUCCCGAGUCGCCUGGUCCGGCCACAAACCUGCGCUGGCACGGAACGCAGUUUCGUUGCCCGGCGGCUCAUCGAGCGCGCGUGUUUUACGGGCUUGCAUCCGGGGGCUGGGAUGUCUCCCUCUGCGGUGGCGGGAUGAUCUGGAGCCCUUACCUGACUCCCUACAAGAAUGCCAUCACCAACGAGUUGUACAUAUCAGCUAGCAUCGGGAUGUAUCUUUACUUCCCGGGCGAUAGGGUCGACUCGCCCUUUGCGGCACACACCGUCGAUGAUCAGGACUGGUCGGACGGGUACCCGCACCACCCUGCCCAUUUGCAAGCCGCCAUUGAGGGGUACUCAUGGCUCAAUUCCUCGAACAUGACGGGCUCCAACGGGCUCUAUGGGGACGGCUUCCAUAUCAGUGGCUGGAAGAAUGCUGAGAAUCCUGGCACCGGCAAUUGUGACGUCUUGAACACCAUGGUAUAUACAUACAACCAGGGCGUGAUCCUUAGCGGGCUAAGGGGCCUGUGGCUAGCCACUGCUUUACAGCAGUAUCUGUAUGACGGGCACGGAUUGGUGAGCGACGUGCUGCAGGCUACCGGAUGGCCUGAGACGGACAGCCAGGAGUGGCAAGGCCUUGGUCGGGGCGGCGUCUUGGAAGAUGCAUGCGACUCUUCCGGGGGCUGCUCCCAGAACGGACAGACCUUCAAAGGCAUCUUCUUCCAUCAUCUAGCCGAAUUCUGCCGAGCCAUCCGGCCACAGGAACUGCGUUUCCUGGCCAGCGCGAACCGGACGGGGGAAGAAGAUAACGACUGGGAGUAUGUAUAUGAGUGGCACCAGUCACGCUGUCGAGCGUACCGGCCGUGGAUCGAGUAUAACGCCGAGGCUGCUCUGCUGACCCGGAACGGGGAUGGCAAGAUCGGUCAGUGGUGGGGAAACAUCUCCGUCACUGACACAAGCCCUCUGCCGCAGGGGGCGAUUGACUAUGAAAACUAUGGGGCGCAGGCCGAGGGCUCGGAGCCGCUGGUAGGGCUUCUUCGCAGCCGUGGCUCCCAGCGGCCAAGCGACGGAUCUGGAGCCGAGACGUACCCGCGGCGCUGGGGAAGUGCAUCCGAACAGCCGCGGUUCGUCGAGCCACUGGUUGAGCCGGCUGAUUACAACGACCGUGGGCGUGGCCGCACCGUCGAGACGCAGUCAGGGGGUGUCGCAGUGUUGCGGGCGUUGUACCAGUGGAAGACGACUCCGUCUCUUGCAUGACCCGAGUCAGUUGACUAUUCAUUAGACCAUCAUCAUCAUCAUCAUCAUCAUCAUCAUCCUCAUCCUGUAUACACCGUAGUCGGCCUGUACGCUAGGGGUUUGGAAUAGGCAUAACAUGACAUGA